UCAGCUGAUAGACUUGUUAUGAUCCUCCUCCCAGCCAAGCAUUGAUAGGUUUUCGUCUAUAUUUCUGUGUUUCUGCUCUUACAUUUAUCUUCUGUGACAGUUAAAAGAAAUGAAGAAGUUUUUCGAUGACAUUAAGAAAGACAUUAAAUUUAAAUCCGCGGGACCAGGGAAGAAAUUAACUGAAGAUGCGAGUAGGAGGCAAGAGGUGGUGCAGAGCAGCUCCAGUACAAAGAAUAAUCGUCAUGCUCCUAGUGAAGGAGCCCAGAGGGCUGGAGCUGCAGCUCUGGCGAGGAUUGAACAGCAUCAGAGGCCGAAGGUCCACACCUCUCAGGACGCCAUUAGGAACCAGGUAAAGAGAGAGCUGGAGGCAGAGGCGGCUGCUCUGGCUGAAAAAGAAAAGGCAGCUGCAGCGGAGGGAUCCAAAGUGCCAGUGAAGGAUCCAGCCUGUCUGUCAGUGUCAGGUGUUUAUUUCACCUGUCCUCUUACUGGAACCACUCUCACUAAGAGUGAGAGGGAAGUUCAUAUUAAGGAGGCCAUUCUAAUGCGGUUUGAGGAGGAUGAAGUUGAAGCUUCUGUUAUGAUGAUCCACACAUUUAACAAAGAUAAAGAGAAAGUCAAGGCUGCUGUGGACAUUAUAAGCAAGUAUGUUGACAAUAUUUGUAAGAACCCCACAGAAGAGAAAUACAGGAAGAUUAAACUCAGCAACAAGGUGUUCCAGGAGAAAGUUAAUUGCGUGGAAGGCAGCAGAGAGUUCCUGCAGGCCCUGGGAUUCACAAGUAUCAUGCUUCCUGUAGAGGGUCAAGAAGAGGAAGAGGAGUUCCUGGUUUUACUAGAACAGAGUCCCGAUGCCUUGGAGUUGAUGAAGGAGAGGAGGGAUCGUCUCCAGAGAGGAGAGCCAGUCAGGGCUCAGCUGGACAGGCAGCCUCAAGUUUUCAAACCCUCUCCAAAUGCCCAACGCUUCGAGCUGCCUCCAGAAUUCUACAAUCUGACGGCCGAGGAGCUCAAGAGGGAGCAGCAACAGAGGAGUGAUUUGGUGGAGAAGAACGCCAUGCUUCGCACGAAGGCCAUGAGAGAGAGAGAGGAGCAGAGGGAAAGAAGGAAAUAUAACUAUACCCUGCUCAGGGUUAGACUACCUGAUGGAAACCUGCUACAAGGGACCUUUUAUGCAUGGGACCGGCUGCCGGUGCUGUUUGGGUUUGUUCGAGAGUCCCUGGUGGACGGCUGGCAGCCCUUUGAGCUCAUCGCACCUGGAAGUCAGAAACUACAAGAGUCCGAAGACGUGGCUCUCGCAGAGUGUAACCUGGUCCCUGCAGCCCUGCUCACAUUUUCCUGGGAUGCAGCUGUGCAGGCAGAUAUUGCUGCUGCCGGUGGAAAGAGCCCCACACUCCUUAAACCAGAGCUGCUGGAAAACAUUCGGACCCUCAGCUGAGCAGACAGUCAGUCCCUGAACAUCCCCUGCUGCCUCCCUCCAGCACUGCUGGGAUGGACCUGCCCCUUACAGAUGACUAGUGAUAAGCUUAUUUUUUCAUAUUCUAUCUUAAGUAAGUAGCAGUGCACCCUAAUGUGCUUGUUUUGCUGAGCAUACCCUUCCUCCUCCAUGACGGGGAUAAAGUCACACUACAGACUGUCUCAGCAGCACAUAGUGUUGAAGGAAGCACUACUAACAGAUAGAUGGACGGAGAAAGCAGGGGGCAAGUGUUGUGUUUCUGUUGCAUCCUGAGUGAAUGUACAUGCUGUGCUGUAAGCAGACUGCAGCAGCAGUCCUCUGUGCUCAACCCAACAGUCAACCAGUCAGGUAUACUUCACGUGGCAUGUUGAGAGACCUUGUUUUAACUGUGUCAGCACUACUUCCCCUUCUUUUCAGUCUGUUUACUAACAGUGUACUUCUCUGGCUGUACAGGCAUGUAGAAGAAAACUGAGUAGAGCAGUGAAGCCAAGUACCAGUAAAUGUGGAUGAAUCUUGUUGGCUUGUGUGUAAAGUCUCAGCACUGAGCUGCUAUAAUGUAAAGCGGCUUGGUUUCUGUCUGAAUUGGCUUUGAAACUUUCUUUCAUUUGGCACUGCUCGAGUUAAAACGGUGUUUGUGUGUAAACAGUUGGCUGUCUGGUAUAAAUUUAGUGUGAGAUACGUGUGGAUGGUGUUUAUAGUUCUAAUGUGUUAGUGUCCAUAAUUGAAACCUCAAAUCGUAUUUUAUUUUUCUAUUUGUGAGCACAAACUGAAAUUUUAAACCACAAAUCCGAAGUUUUUUCUCAAUAAUUUGGCUAAAAAUUGACCAUUUACAAAUAUUGAUAAGGAUUUCUGUGUAUUAUGCUGACAUAGCCAUGCAAUGACAUUUCUGUAAGUACAGCAUUACAAGUGUAGUAGACAAGACUCAUUGCAGAAGCUUCAUAUAUCCAACUUGCUCUAGCAUGUAGACAGGCAUGAUUUACUUUCCUGUUGUUAAAACUGGCAGCAUGGACUGUAUUUGUUUGUAUCUACCACAUCACCUUGGCAUAAAAUUGUACUGUAUUUAUAACAUGGAAGGAGCAUAUAAAAUUAUAGCUCCUACAAGCCCCACAGAAAGCUCUGAAUCCAAAUGUGUGAAACUGACUUAAGUAAACCUUUAAACAUGUUUUAGUCCAAUCUUUCACUUCACUGGGAGAUGAUCCAUUUCUUUUGUUACUAGCUCUUCCAUUUACACAAGUAACCUGUAAAGGCUUAUUAAAGUUUAUCUAGAUAUUGGUUGGUUAAAUGACAACAACCUACCUCCCAUUGCUCAUCUGCUUCUGUCAUGUAUUAAUUUUGCACAACCAUGCAGCUGACAAAGAUCCCAGAAGAUUUAAAUUGCAUUUCUUUUGACUGAAAAUCUGUCACAACUUUAAACCUGUGCUUGCAGUUGCACAAGUACAGAACAUAACAGCUGGGUAGGUGUUGGUGCCAGAUGUGCAGUCUGACUGAAAACCCAAGCAUUUUAAGGCCAAGUCAAUAAUAAGCAAUGUUGUACACUUCUCUCCUGGCUCGUUCACAAGUUCAUAUUAAAUAGAAGAGUGUUUUUGUUCAUCGGCAUUGCAACCUUUAUUAACACUUGGUGAGUUGUGACAAGUCCUGAUAUACUGAGUUGAAUUCUGUUGCUUUAAAACUGCCUGUAAUAAACAUUGCUUGCAUCUUUUGUUUAAUAAACAGAAUUAUUAGAAA